AUGACGCGGGAGGAAGAGCCGAAGCAAGCGGACUCUUCAGACCCGCCAGACAGUGAUGAUGAUGGCAUUGAUCGUGCAGGCGCAUUUGAUGUGGAGAGCCCGAGCCGGUUUGGAGCGCCGCCCAAGCACAGUGGUUGUAACUCCAACACGCCAGGGAACAAAUUCCGGAUCAAGAGCAACCAGAUGCGGAACCGGUCCGUCUCACACCCGAAUCUCUCCAGCGAGGCCCCCAACAGUGGCCUGCAGACAGCCCCGAGGCGGCGGCUGAUUGGGUUUGGGUCCAAGCUGCCAGGGCAGCAGGAAAUGGCGGCUCUCCGGGCGCGGCAAGCGGCAGCCGAGCUGCUUCCCGCCAUGCUUACCUCCGCUCUCUUCGCUACGCUCCUGCUGCUGCACCUGGGCCGCGUCCUCGCCUGCAGCUCGGGCACGCCGCAAAGCCUGAGCGCGCUGAUGCCAAGGAACUGGGACUGGAAGUGCGUCGGGGACCCGAUCAUGAAUCGCCGCUUCGUCCCAUUGCACGCGCUUGCUGUCUGCGUCUUCUGCACCCGCUUCGUGCUCGAGCUGCGGAGCUGCUUUCAGUUCCUGCGCCGCAGCUGGAGGCUGCGCGCCUCGGAUACAGCGCAGGAUGCAGCGAUGCGGCUGGGGGAGAAGCUCGAGCAGUGGCGUUCCCACGCGGCAAGCGUUGGCCAAGACAGCACCAAGGUGCUGCUCGCGCGGCUCGCGGAGGUCUUCAUCGCAGUGUACACUCUUUGCCUCUUCCCACCCAUCGAGGAUAUCACAUACGCACCCAGCUCGGAGCCGUCGAUCGUAAAGUUGACCCCGGGCCCGUCGCGUCCUUGCGUGGACACGUCCAACCAAUGCGGUGACUGGGCUAAAGCGGGCGAGUGCGAGAAGAACCCGCGCUUCAUGCUGAGGACGUGCUCAAAAGCGUGCGGCGGGUGCGGCGCGACAACGUCCGCCCCCCAGCCCACCGUCGAAGACCGCGAACCGUGGUGGCUCGGGACUGAAUACUUCUACGAGCCGUGGCCUGAGGAGGCCCCUCGGACGGUCGCCUUGUUCGCUGGGAGCCUGCUGCUGGGGCUGGCUGCCUUGAGGCUGCUCGCGCCGCCGCGUGCUGUGCAGACGGCGCGCGGCUCCGCGCAUUCCAUUCGUACCCCGCCAGCUAACGACCCUGAGCCCGUCUUGCCUCCCGCCCCCUCUCAGAUCCUCAUCGGCCCUGCGCACUACUUGCUGCUGAUCGCGCAGCUCAUCCUUGCGGUCGGCACGGCGCUCUGCCGCGCGCCCGCCGUAGCGUGUGCCAUCAUCAGCGGCGCCGCAAACGCAAUCCGCUGCCGCAUCAUCAUGUUCCUCGGCGGAACAGCUCCCGCCGUGGCUGAGGAAAAGGCUGCUACCCGGGCAAGGCUCAAGUCGCCGCCCGUGAUGACGGAGGCCGAUUAUUGCAUGAAAAACGCAAAAACCAAGUAG